GUUUAAACAAAUUUCCCAAUAAAAAAAAAUCUUUGAACCAAAUUCAAUUAGAAAAAUUAGAAAAUUAGAAAGAAAAAAAACGUUAUAAAACCAAUUUUAAGUCAUUUCGACCGAAUGGUGCUUUUCCUCUUCUUUCCUUUGAAUUUUGAGAAGAUAAAACAAAAAUAAUAUAUAAUCAUCCUCAAAUUUGGAUCGAAUGAAGGUGUUUGAUGCUCACUGUCACCUGCAAGACCCCAGAAUAUUGGGCAAGGUUCCUCAGUUAAUAGCCAAAGCUCAAGUAGUUGGCGUUGCUGCUUUUGCCGUUAAUGGGGUCUCUGAGAAUGACUGGCGUUUGGUUAAGCAACUUUCUCAGUCUUACCCUUCUAUUAUUCCUUCCUUUGGUCUCCAUCCCUGGUUUGUUCAAGGAAGGACUACCAAUUGGUUUGAAACAUUGAAACACAUGUUUGAUUCCACUCCUAAUGCUGCUGUUGGGGAGAUUGGAUUGGACAAAGGUUCAAAAGGAAAGCUAAUUGAUUUUGCGGAUCAGGUUCAAGUAUUUGAGCAACAGCUUCAACUUGCCAAAGACUUGAAUAGGCCUGCUUCAGUCCAUUGUGUCCGGGCUUUUGGUGAUCUUCUUCCCAUAAUGCAGCGUAUGGGCCCUUUCCCAGCUGGAGUUAUUCUUCAUUCCUACUUAGGUUCAGCUGAGAUGGUCCCGGAAUUCGCCAAGCUUGGUGCUUACUUUUCAUUCUCUGGAUUUCUUAUGUCUAUGCAAGAAAAAAAGGCAAAGAAGAUGCUCAAGAAGGUGCCUUCUGAGAGGAUUUUGUUGGAGACUGAUGCACCUGAUGCACUCCCCAAAUCUAUCCCUGCCUCAGAGUCAUUGUAUCUUGUUCAAGGAGAUUCUUCUUCCAACUCCAAUGCUACUGCUGAAACAGAUGCAUCUACACUAAAUCACCCUGCAAACAUACUCCAUGUGCUCACUUACGUUGCAUCUUUGGUAGAGAUGAGCCGAGAGGAAGUUGCUGAAGUAAGCUAUGAAAAUGCAAUCCGCUUAUUUUCCUACAGAGAUCAUUCUAGUACUGCUUCUCCCCAUGAUGAAUCAUGUCCCUCGUCAACUUAAUUAAAUCCCAUUUCACCAUUUUCUUAAUUGAUUACUAAUUUCUUGCCGAAAAUGGGUUGGCAUUGCUAUGUAACUAUAAAGAUGUGUAUUAUAUAUCUCAAGAUAAAAGAUCCAUAACUAAGAAUUCAGCCAACAAAAGGAAUAAACAUGUCGUGGCUGGCUCCGUAGUUAUGCUUUUUAACUUAUAAGUGGCAAGACAUGUGUUUGUUCCUUACAGCUACAACUAAAAGGGUUAUAACUUAUAACAUGAUGUCCAACUUUCAUCAUGUUA